AUGGAUAUGAACUUUGGGUUUGGAAAUGAUUCAUUUUUUGAACAAGGAAAUAGAUCAACAGACAAGGAAGAAGUUGAAGAGAUAAGUAAAACAGGAUCUAAUGAAAUCGGGAGAGGAAGUGGUAAAAUCGAUGACGAAAAAGAACUUCCUAAAGAACUUUGUGCACCUAUAACAAUUAAACUAUUAUUAAAUAAAAUGAUGAAUAGUGAAAAUUUUGAAAUUCAUAAUUUUCAAAUAAGUGGUAUUAUUAUAUUCGGUAAAAUAACAAAAGUUAAAGAAUUAGCUAGUGCAAUUAUUUUUGAAAUAUGUGAUUAUACUGGUACUAUAGAAGCUAAAUAUAAUAAAGAUGCAAAGAAUGAUAAAAUAAAAAAUCAUAUUGAAAAUUUACAAAUUAAUGAUCAUGUUAAAGUAGUAGGAGGUGUUUAUUCUCCUGAAAGUAAAACAGAACAAGUACAAAUUAGUAUAUCAUAUAUAAAUAAAGUUGAUGAUUGGGUAUCUUAUUUUUCAUAUUUUACAUCAGAUAUUAUAUAUUGUUAUUUAAAAUUAUUAAAAUUAAAAAAUAUAAAUUUAUCAAAUGGUAUAAAUAAUCAAGAAAAACCAUGGUCCCACAUUAAUUUAGAUUCAUAUUAUAAUCAAAUGGAUGAAGUAGAUUCAGACAUUAUAAAAUAUUUACAUACAACUAAUGAAAAAUAUGCAAAUCAAGAAGACAUUUUUAAUAACCUUAGAAAAUAUCAUUCAGAAAUUAAUAUUAAAAAAUCUCUUACCAAACUUAUUGAACAAUAUGAUUUAGCCCAAUAUGAAGAUAUCAUAAGUAUUCCAUAA